UGUCACCUGGUGUUAAUCAGAGGUACCACCCAACGCCUGGUCUGUCUCACUCAUCUUCAAGUACUCUCAGGUACGAGAAGAGGCCUGCUGAUCCCAGCCGUGAGUGGUGGAAAUUGGUGGUCCCUGAGCCUCGAAGCCUUAGAGACUCCGGAGCCUGAGAACAGAAUGACAACACCCAGAAACUCAGUGAGUGGAACCUUCCCAACAGAGCUUACAAGAGGCCCUCUCGCCAUGCAACAAGCUCAAAAAGUAAACCUCAGGAGGACACCUUCACUGGUGGGCCCCACGCAAAGCUUCUUCAUGAGGGAGUCAAAGGCUUUGGGGGCUGUCCAGAUCAUGAAUGGCCUCUUCCAUAUUUCCCUGGGCGGGCUGCUGAUGAUCCCCACAGGGGUCUUUGCACCAAUCUGUGUGAGUGUAUGGUACCCUCUCUGGGGAGGCAUCAUGUACAUUAUUUCCGGGUCACUCCUGGCAGCUGCAGCAGAAAAAAACUCCAAGAAGACUUUGGUCAAAGCGAAAGUGGUAAUGAGCUCCCUGAGCCUCUUUACUGCCAUUGCGGGAAUAAUUAUUUCAGUCAUGGACAUACUUACCAUCACGGUUUCUCAUUAUUUAAAAAUGGAGAGUCUGAAUUUUAGUAAAACUCUCAAGCUCUAUGUUGAUAUCUACAACUGUGAACCGUCUAAUUCCUCAGAGAAAAACUCCCCGUCUACACAGUACUGUCACAGCGUGCAGUCCAUGUUCUUGGGCAUUCUGUCCUUGAUGCUGAUCUUUGCGUUCUUCCAGAACCUUGUGACAGCUGGCAUUGUGGAGAAUGAGUGGAAAGGAAUGUGCUCCAGAACCAAAUCUAAUGUGGUUCUGCUGUCAGCCGGAGAAAAAAAAGAGCAGACAAUUAAAAUGAAAGAAGAAAUCAUUGAGCUUAGUGGAGUGCCUUCCCAGCCAAAGAAUGAAGAGGAAAUUGAAAUCAUUCCAGUGCAAGAGGAGGAGGAAGAAGAAACAGAAAUAAACUUUCCAGAGCCUCCCCAGGAGCAGGAAUCCUUGCCCGUGGAAAAUGAGAUCUCUCCUUAAACUCUUUUCUUGUAUACGCGUUAUUGUUUUUUAUUGUUUAGUUACUCCCAUUUCUUGUGGUCUUCCAGGUCUAUUCUCCAUAUUUUCACAGCUUAUUUUUGCAUAGAGAAGCCACAUUUAGCUCUCCUUCACAUUGGAGAAUGUAGCAAUUAUAGCAGAUUGUGUUGUCCCUUGCUUGGGGAAUCUUACACUGGCAGAAAUACAGAGAACCCAAUAUUCAUUCACCUUUUUCUUGGAUGGGUGUUUUAGUAGUGGCAAUGCUUUCCCCCUAUUUCUUUCACCAGCAAUUGCAGCUGAGGGAAAAGACACAUGACUGUUCCAUCCAUUUCUGAACUCUCUGACUCCUACAUUUAAAUUUUUGGAAGAGUCUCUUUUGCACUAUUGUUUCAAGGAAAAUAGAAAUAAUAAUGGGAGGAAAUGGGAUACCUAUUUUCCCACAGGGAAGAACACUGGCAUGUUCUUCAAGCUUCUGUAUCCCAUUUGGGAAGCUGUGAAAAACUCUGUACAAACAGCAUAGCUUACAACGUAGGCAAGUCUCCUUAUCUUAAUUUUGCCAAACUGCUGUUUCUUGGCUUUUGGUCACAUCCUUUAUGUACUUGUAUUC